AUGCCAUCAACCUCACUGCUCGUCCUGAGCGCACUCACGGCCUUGGUCGGCGUCGCUGUCUACCUCCCCAUGCAAAGAACGACAACGCUUUUGGAGGGCCCAUCAGUUGUGGAGAACUUUGGCAUGGAACGGUGCAAGCGCGUUUCCGGACCUGCAUACUGUGAUGAUGUCCGUAUCCAGCGCAACCUCAACCUCGGAUUCUUGGCCUGCGAUCCCUCAUUGCCUCACCGCAACUUUGCAGCCAGCGUCUUUGAUGAGGCCAAGAUGACUGAAGAUGGUGCACUCUGGGUCUAUGACCUCAACAAGCCUGGAUCACCUGCAGAAAAGCUGACGAUCAAGGGCUUUGAGGGCCCGUUCCACCCAAGUGGCAUCUCGUUCGCACCGACCUCUGAGGAUGGUACUCCCGCACGCGUCGUCGUCCUGGUCGUGAACCACGUCCCAUUGGAAGUUCCCCGGGUCGAGGUCCUGUACUACUACCCUGCCCGUAAAUCCCUGGUCUACAAGAAGACGAUUUCGAGCGAACACUUCUUUGCGGCCAACAAGAUCGCGGCGUCGGCCUCGCCGAUGGUCCACCAACACGAUGACACACCCUCGUUCCAUGUCGUUAAUGACCACGGCUACAAUCUCACGGACUGGAAGCGUGAAUAUGAGGAGAAGUACAAUUUGCCCGCAGCUUCGUUGGUGUAUUAUAACGCGCGCGCGGAUAUAGCACAGGAGGUCGGAUGGCGGUUCCAAAUGCCUACAGGCGUAGCGUCCUCACAUGAGCCGGAUUCAUUGUGGAUCGCUCAGGCCAAGGGUGGUACGGUCGAUUUGUACAAGUCCCAUAUUCUAUCGGCGGAGCAUCAGGAGCAGAAGGUGUUGAGUGCGGACACGCGCGAGAGGCUGACGAUUGCGUGGCCAGGGAUGAUGAAUGAGGAAAUCAUGCACACCAAGGCCGUGAAUGUCGGAGUCGAUUAUGAGCCCGAGUUCAAGACGUUGGUGACGGUAUCGCAUCCAAAGUGGAACGACUAUGUGCAGGUCGCAAAGGAGAAGUUGCAGGAUCGCGAGGCGGUCCCGUCCAAGAAGGCGGGAUUCGUAGUCUCGAAGGGAAACCUGUACCCGGUCAGAGUGGGCGAGACGCGCCCGAAGCCGAGAAAGGACGCGGUGUUUGAUCCGGAGGAGACACCGAGGAAGUAUAGGUACCAGUUGUUCGUGGAGCCGGUGAUUAGCAAUGAUGGAAGUGAGUUUGGAUCGCCCUCCGCGAUCGCGGUCUCGGGACAGAGGGUGUUGGUCUCGAGCCAUUAUGAACAGGGAUUCCUCGACUGCGACAUUUCGCCUUAA